UCCUAUGCCGUAGACGAAAUAAAAGUCGUGACCGCGGCAACUUUUAAUUUUUUUUUUCUGAGAAACCCUGGCGACGAUCCCAAGAUCAGAUCCCAUUCCCCUCAUCAGACCUCAACCAGCUCAUCCCACGACGUUCAUCGCACGACCAGAAAGAAUGGCGCCCCCAAAGAAGGAAAAGAUGCCGAGCAUGAAGGAGCUGCAGGACCUCCUUGCCGCGCUGGACGCCGAGGGCGGCCUCUCCAUCGGAGGAGGCGAAGAAGACUCCACGAACCUAGACGAUCUCUAUGAGGACUCGUACUUCCACGCGAUCCUCCACAACACCGUCACCCAGGACACUCUCACCCUCGAGCCCACCACCACCGCCCCACCAACAACGACCUCGCCGUCUGACCAUGAUCAGGGUCAGGAACGCUCUCAGCAGACCUCAGCACCAUCGUUCCAAGUCCUCACCCUCCCUCCGGAACGCUCCUGGGGUGACGAUCACGAAUCCCUCGGCCCAAGGCUCCUGAUCCGCCCCGGAUAUGCUGUCGUCCUCUCUGCACUUGAACAACAACCUUGCCAAUCCCAAUCCAUCUUCAUGGCCACCGCAUCUCCAGGGAUGGGUAAAUCCUGUCUAGCCUACUAUCUUGUCCAUAAGCUCUUCCAAACCGGACACGACGUCGUCAUCAGCGACCCCAUGUUCACGAACGCCUUUAUCAACAGGGAGUACUAUUCGUCUUACUCGCCUCACCUGGAGAAACACUCCAUCAUCUCAAAAGCCAUCUCGACACCGUCGUCUUCGGAAGGUACUACAAAGCCUCUGUGGUGGGUCUGCGACGAUGGCUUCCUACCGAUCAAGGGCACCCGAUGCAAUGUCCUCAUCACCUCCGCGACUACACAAUCCGCCAAGGACUCUGAGACUGUCACCAAGAAGAACAAGUUGGUCACGCCGAUCCAGUUCCAGAUCCCAAAGUGGUCUCUGGACGAGAUCAAGGCUGGCAUGAUCGUUUCCCUGUCGACUUUAGAUGCAGGAAUGGGGUUGACGGAUUUCAAAAUCACAAAGGAGCAAGAACCCGUACUGGAAGGACUCUUUCAAAAGUUCAAGGGGAAUCCUCGAAAGAUCUUUUCAUGGGUCAAAUCCAAUUGGGUCGUGGCCGAGGAGACCAGUGCAGCUAGCGGACCAAACUCUGGGAAGCGCAAGGCUAAGUCCAGCAAAGCAAAGAAGAUGUGAACUGGUUUUUUUAGGGCUAUUAUUG